AGUCUCGCAUUCGUGCCUCUGCGUGGUGCUCGGUACACAGCGCGCAGUUUUUUUCUCCUGCAACUCCGCUCCACAUUUCUCCCAAUCUUCCCGCGCUCAGACACGGGGAGUGGGAGAAAAUAGAGGCAGACCGAGAGGCAGCAUUUGUGCUUUUGCACCAGACUGAGGCAGGACACCCCGGAGAGACUAGCGGCAGCCCUGCAGAGAGGCUGUGUGCAGUCCUGUGCUCCACAACAGAGUAGUUUCUCGGGGAGGGGAGGAGUUGGAGGAAGGGGGGAGACAGUUGCCUGUUGUCGCGGUUUCUCUCUCCCCUGAGUGGCUGAGGGGUGGCUCUUGUUGACGGGAAACGCAAGGCUUGAGAUGAGACCUGAGCGCUGAGUGGAGUAUGCUGCAGACGAUUUACGAGGGCGAGUCAAGUUUCUCCACAACAGAGGGGCGCGUCGGACACCAGCAGCUCCCCAACCAGACCAAGAUGCACAACGUGAACAACUCAGAUAUAAAACCAGACGUGCCAUUGGCUGUGGAGCCCUUAUCACCCUUGGACCUGCGCACUGACCUGAGGAUGCUGGGGCCAGGCUCAGACCACGGCCUGUGGGAGAGGCAGCUACAGCAGGAGCUGCUUCUCAUUCAGAAGCAGCAGCAAAUCCAGAAACAGUUACUGAUCAGCGAGUUCCAGAAGCAGCAUGAGAAGCUGACCCGGCAGCACCAGGCCCAGCUCCAGGAGCAUCUCAAGCUUCAGCAGGAGCUCCAGGCCAUGAAGCAGCAGCAGGAACUUGCAGAGAAGGAGCGGCGACUGGAACAGCAGCAACAGCAAAGCCAUCAGGAGAAGGAGCAGGAGAGGCACCGGCGAGAGCAGCUCGUCUCCAGCCUGAGCCUGAGGGGCAAGGAGCGAUCCCGAGAGAGUCCCACAGGUGCAGUGGCCAGUACAGAAGUGAAGCAGAAACUCCAAGAGUUUCUGUUGAGUAAAUCCGCCAAGGAUCCAGUUGUCAAUGGAACUAAUCAUUCUUUUGUCCACCACCCUAAACUCUGGUACACGUCCUCACACCACACAUCACUGGACCAAAGCUCUCCACCUCUGGGUGGCACAUCCCCGACCUGUCAUUACACUCUGCCGUCACCCAUAGAGAACAAGGAUGACUUCCCCUUGAGAAAGACAGCGUCUGAGCCAAACCUGAAGUUACGAUCCAGACUGAAGCAGAAGGUGGCUGAGAGGAGAAGCAGCCCAAUGCUAAAGAGAAGAGAUGGAAACAUAAUGACCCCAUACAAAAAGAGGGCUCUAGAGCUAAUGGACUCUUCGGCGACCAACAGUGCCCCUGGGUCUGGCCCCAGCUCUCCCAUUGGGGCUUCCAGUGCCUUGGGGACUGAAAAUGGACCCUCCUCACUGCCUACUACUACAAAAACGGAGAGAUGGCCUUCCCAGCCAAGAUUAUUCCGGCCUGAAGGCUCCAUGUCCAUGCUAAGCUUGUACACUUCUCCGUCUUUACCCAACAUCUCCUUUGGGCUUUCAAAUGCAUCCUCCUCCAUCAGCGCUGCUAUAGGGUUGAAAGAUAGAUCCACUGAAAUCAAGCAUGGGCUGCCUGGGCAUCUUUUGGGUCCUGUGCCCCUUCAUACAGCUCUAGAGUCUAAGGUGAGCCCCAGUCACCAGGCUCUCCUCCAACACCUCCUGCAGAAAGAGCAAAUGCGGCAGCAGAAGAUCAUCACAUCUGGCCAAAGCUCCAUGUCACCCCACCCUCAAUCUCCUCUGGCCAUGAAGGAUCGCCCCUCCAGCAGUAGGCCUAAACUACCAAAACACAGACCUUUGAACAGAACCCAGUCGGCGCCACUGCCUCAGAACACAUUGGCCCAACUAGUCAUCCAGCAGCAACACCAGCACUUCCUGGAGAAGCAGAAACAAUACCAGCAGCAAGUUCACAUAAAUAAGCUGUUAUCCAAGUCCAUUGAGCAGUUACGUCAGCCCAGUGCACAUCUUCAGGAAUCAGAGGAGGAGCUGGAGGAUCAGCAGCAGCAGCAGCACAAAGAUGACAUAGAGAGAAUGCAAGAGGACGCGCUGCCCCCUGGAGGAGUCAUUCGGAAGCACAUGCUGAGCAGCAGCAGCGGCUCAAGCAGUGAGAUGCCAGACGCUCCCUGUGGGGUCAUCAAGGUCAAGGAGGAGCCAGUUGAUAGUGAGGAUGAAGCUCUGACCAAUCAGCGCUUGCAGUCAGAGCAGAGCACCUAUCUUCACCAGGUCAAAGGAAGACUGGUGAUAAGAGCCAUGAUCUGAGAAGGGAUGAACACGAGAUCAUCCACUCUCAGUGUUAACAAACAUGCACAACUACACAUGUGCUCACAAAGCACCGCAUUCUGUGGAAACAUGUUAGCUCUUUUCACUCCGCUGUAGACUCACUUAAGACUGUUUGUGAUCCUUGUGUAGUGGUCUCUGUAAAAUAUGUAAGUUUGACUUGUGUACAUAUGAACUACAUUUAGACCAUUCUUUUUAAGAGCUGCUUCUGUCUUCUCAGGUUUGCUGGUUCUGACAAAAAGUUGUAUAUUUACUGUGGAUUUAGCAACAAAGAUUAACAAAGAGAAGCUAAAGCAGGUGUUUGGUUUCAGAGACUCCACUUUGUAAAUUUUCCAUAAAAUCUUUGAAUGCUCCUAAAUUCAUUUAAUGACAAUGAUAAUAUAUUAGUAAGUCCUCGUAGUGUGCUAAAAAUCAACACUACAUACUUUACUAUUCUUGGAAGUCUAUGGCGAUGUUAAAGGUUUUCUGAGCUAAAAUAACCAACAUCUGUCUCAGAGAGAAUGUAUUCUUAAAUCCUCAGAAAAGGAUCCUCCCAUAGGGAAGUCUUUGGUAGUAGGAGUGAUAUUGCCACUGAAAUAUGGUCCGCUGCUCAUAUUGCAAUUUGAAUGAUAAAGCACAAAAUCCCUCCUUGGGUGUGCAGGCAUCUCCCAACACAUCCCCAGCCUCCAUGUCUCUGUCUGUAAGCGGUCCCAGAGCCAAAGCCCCGGGUUCGGCUGAGCUCUCCUCCCUCUGGGUCCAAAUCAAAGCUCGACAGAGUUCCUGCCCAGCUUUCAGCAGAAGAGCCAGACUGAGCGAAAGAGAGAAGGAGAGAAGGUCGGGCAGGAAAUGCCUUUUAGAAGCCAGGAGUUGGAGUGAUUCAUGUGCGCAGGAAUGUUGAGAGAGGAGGACGUAGGGCUGGAGGAGUCCAAGGGGCCAGGCUUGAGAAUUGAUUUACUGUCAAGGCGAAUUACAAAGUGAGUGGGGAUAUGGUUAAGGGAGUCCUUUUUAAAGGGAAUCGCUUCCUUCGUAUUCCCUAGUGGCAUGCUAACCUCAACAUGCAGGUUUGAUGUUACUAAAAAAAAAGAAAGAAAAAAGCAAAAAAAAAAAAAAAAGAAUAAACCUAGACCUUACUUCUACUUUUUAUUAAUUUCUUUUUUGGUGAACUUGUUUUUUUCCCCAGGAAGUGCCCAUGGCGACAUGUAUAGUCUGUCUGCAAGAGAUCAAUCAAAUGUAUUGCAUAGUUGUAAACCUUCCUGUUUCAUUUGUGGUGUCAAUUAAGUGUAAAAAAAACAAGCUUAAUGUAAGGUUUUGUGUAUGCAUUCAUGUGAAAAGCAAAAUUGUUUGUCUUAUACUGUACAGUCAGAUCGUCCAGUUCUAGUGUUUUUAGUGUAAGUAAACACAAUCAGAACAAUGUGAGUCUUGUUCUCUCGCCCCUUUGAUUUGGUUGUAAUGAGAACCCCUUUGCUGCCAGUGGGGGGUGGACGUGGGGGGACUUUGGGAUGGGGGGGUUGUGGUUUGUUCAUAGCAGUUUGCUUUUCUUCUCUUUGUUGCCUUGCGUGAUAAAAAUCUCCUUUUUAAAAAAAAAAGAAAACAACAACAACAAAAAAAUAAAGUUAAAUUACCUCCGAUGUUCUUGCACCUUUGAUUGUGUUUUUCCGUCUCUUCCAUUUGCAAUAAAAAGGAAAGUUAUUUCUUCUGAAGUUUAAACAAGCUUGUAAAAAUUCUUCUUUCUAGGUCAAAAGUUGCCUUUCUUGAUCAUUUUAAAUAAACGUUUCAAAUGAACUGCUUAAA